AUGUUAUAAGAAACUUUUAAUAAAAAUUACUAAUUACGCAUUCGCAAAUCCUUACCCAAAUAACUGCCUAAACCAUCUUUUGUUCCUAUUAUUGAAAGAAAUUAUCAACUCUCUAAGAUAAAUCAAAAUUACUAAUUUCCUAGAAAUGAUACUUCCUUAGAUUCUUGUGAUGAAAUGGAAAUUUAUGGUGUUUAUGAUCUAAAUUAGUAAAACAACAAGAAAAUUAAAUUUAAUAAACAUCUUAGUGUUUUAGAUGUUUAAAUUCCUAUCUAAAAAAGAAGACUUAAAACAUUACAUGAAGAUAACCCAAAAUAAAUCAAUUUAUCUCUAAAUAUACAAAGAAUCAAAACAGAGGUGUCUUAAGAUAAUAUCUCUAUUAAAUUGCCAUCUCUUAAAUUUAGAUCUAAAAAGAAUGUGUUAUAACUCAGAUCAAUUUCAAAUACAAUUUGCCAUCAGUGA